AUGUCUUUUGUCGACCUACUGUUCCCCCAGGCUGAGCUUGAGGCUCUUGGGAACAAAUGGCAUGAACCGGCCCCAAAGAGGAGGAAGCUGGAGUCUGGGAUUCCGCGAGGGGUAAGGGGGGCUCCAGCAGCACAGCGGAGGCAGAGUUAUGAGACAAACUUGGGUCAAGAGCGCCAUAGGCUCUCUGCACUGACGGCGCAACAACAUGGGAUACGGUCAUCGUGCCCCGAGGAUAGCAGAAUUCCCCAUACGAAGAGGUCGAACUCGGACUCUCAAGCGCUGUUUCCGCCCGUGAGCAGCACGUCAACCCAGCAGUCCAAGCACCCAACAAGCAACAAGUCAUGUCUCCCGAGCUUCAUCGAGCCUUCACUUCUGAGGAACUACCUUCGUCACCUCCAUCCUAAAGACAGCCAUCGUUACACAAGCCCCAGCAGUCCCAACACGAGUUUUCAUACCGCCGAGGAUGCUGUGCCUUCCCCAGGCUCGCUGGUACUAGAUUCAGCUCCAUCUCCUGCCUCUACCGAUAGUUGCCCAACCCCUGGCACUGUGUGUGACCAGUUCCGCUCCGGACCAUUCGGCCACCUGUUUGAUGGUAUGCGCCUCACCGACAACGAACGAGACUUGAUGGAAGAUCUACUGGGUGGGACUCCUCCAAUGCAGCAAGAGGAAAUUCCCACCCGCAAGCGCAGACAGGACCAAAGCAAAGUCGAAGUGGCGCCCGAGGACUACUCUGAGAUUGACGAGUCGCUGCUACGGACAAUGUUCCCUGCAACUGCACAGGAGGGUGCCGAGGGCCUUGGUGAUGAAAGACCGAGGGAAUACGACGUGCAUUCAUCUGGGUUGAGCCCGGCGACCGAGGAACCACAAGAUGAGAAGGAUGUCAGCAGUCACCGAGGGAUUGUCAUCUAUGAUUAUGGUGCACUCAGUGUUGACGACUUUUUCGAUCUUGACGAGGCAUCGACCUGA